CCCUAAGCCCCCAUCUUCCCACCACCACUGCAUUUCAAUAUUUAAAAGCCUCUCUCCAAAAUAAAAUAUUUUACUCAAAAUGUGACGCAAGAACUGCCCAAUAUGCAAAGAAAACUGACCAACCAGAUAUUUGGGGAAGGGACAUUAAAAGGAUCAUGUAUAGUAUCAAGUAGCCAUUGCCCUUAACAAUCUAGCUUGUAAGCUCUCUACCCAGAAUCCACAAAUUUUCUUACAAGCAAUAGAAAAGAGAAAAAAAAAACUGCAAAUUCCGGGCAAGUUUUGAGUUUCCAAUCUCCAUGAAUCAAUCAAUUUGGCUAUUUUCUCUUCUAUCUUUUAUGUUCUUCCAUGUGGAAGCACAAACUACCCUAGAGCAGGGGACUGUAGUGACUUCUCCAGAAAUUGCCACUUCUUUCCGGCCAAGCCUUGCAGUUGUUAUUGGAAUCCUGUGUAUCAUGUUUUCCCUGACGUUUAUACUCAUUGUAUAUGCAAAAUUCUGUCACAGGACAGCUUCUGUUCACGCCGAUCAACAGGGGCUUAACAGAACGAGUUCUCGAUUCUCUGGGAUUGACAAAACGGUGAUUGAAUCGCUUCCUUUCUUUCGGUUCUCUUCGCUCAAAGGUUCAAGGGAAGGUCUUGAAUGCGCAGUGUGCUUGUCAAAAUUUGAAGACAUUGAAGUCCUCAGGUUGCUGCCUAAGUGUAAACAUGCCUUUCACAUUGGCUGUGUUGAUCAGUGGCUUGAGAACCACUCAAGCUGUCCUCUUUGCAGGCACAAGGUCUCCGCGGAGGACCUCACCAUCUUCACAUAUUCGACAAGUUUGAGGUUCUUGUGGGACAAGUCGGAGCUGCGAGAGGAUUCAAACUUAGAGCUCUUUGUCCAGAGAGAGGAAGAUCAUCAUCAUGGGUCUUCAAGGUUCAGCAGUGGGAGCAGCUUUCGGAAACCCGAAAACAGUAGAAAGGAAGAAGAACUGCCCAUUCGAGAAGAGAGUAGCGAUGGCGAUGAAGAACAGAAACUCUUUCACAAGCUCAAUCACAAGAUCAUUGUAUCCGAUGUUGUCUAUAAGAACCGGUGGAGCAAUGUGAGCUCUUCAGACCUUCUGUUUUUGAACUCAGAGAUGAUCAAUGCUAUGUCAAGUGAUAGAUUUUCUCCUUUGGAUGCAACUAAUGGGCAACUGGAAACAACAAGGGCGAUCGACGAUGACCAGAUCAUGAAGAUCAAGGAGGAAAUGGACAGGAAGAGAUUGUUCGCAAGCAAGGCUAAUUCGGUUCCACUCUCUGCCGGUCAUUCAUCUACUUCAGGUUCCGAAACAAAUCCAAGUUCUAGGCCAGAGCUUGUAGCCUCAGCCGAGCAAAGGUCGAAGUCGGAGAUUACAGCUCUUUCGAGGUUCGCGGAGAAGAAUAAAUUGGGAGUGUCUGCAUUUCCUGAAAAUGGUAUGAAGGAGGAAAGAAAGAGAAAGCUUUGGUUGCCAAUUGCUAGAAGAACAGUUCAGUGGUUUGCUGCCAACAGAGAAAGAAGUCCUCAAGAGUCUCAGCACUCGAGGCAGUCUUUAAAUGUAUAAAAACAGAACGAGUUCAUCAAAACCAUAGUAGCAGGUUUUUACGCUCUUGAAGACUGCUGCCAUUGAUGGACAAGAAGUGAGCUAGAUUUCCAAGUAGGUAGUAUUUAUUUACUGAGAAUUCAAGUUCAGGGGGAACAGUAACAUGUUCAAUUCAAUUAUUUCCAUGAUUUCUCAUGAACAAUUCAACAUAAUUUUCAGUUUAUGAUGUCCAUUACUCACAAACAGAUUAACAAGAGAUGUAACUGCUUCAUCACGAAAGUUUCCUUGAAGAUUUAAUUCCAU